CUUUUUAACACUCCGGGUUUUGGAACACGGAAGUAAAACAUGUUUAGGGUAAACUUCGACAGCGGUGAAUGGAAGAUCACAAUGUCCUCCAACGAGGGGGAGUGCAGUAGUCCCGUGUUACCAAGAGAUUCAGACAGAGGCAACUCAGUUUCCUCUGAAAUUCAGGAUGAAUAUGAAGAACUUCUUCGGAAUGCUGUUGUGACUCCGAAUUAUGAACCAAGUCUUCCAUCAAAGCUUUUGAGCACAACUCAACUCUCCAAGUGUUCACUGCAUUCUACUAAAAUGGAUACAGCAGCUCAACCUCCUGCAGAUGAUGAAGCACACUCAAAUACUGAAGUGACACUGACCAGGGCAACUCCUUCCUUACAGAAAUCCAGACCACCAAGUUGCAUGUCUGAGGGUGAGAGCAUAGCAACCGGGUCUGUUGCAUCUGAGGAAAUAGAGAGGGCACAGACCAGGUCAGACAGAUCAGGACAGAGCAGCCCUGAUUGUCUGAUCACUGUCAUGACUGAAAUGUUCAUCUCGGAGGAAAACCUGAAUAAGAUGGAGAACAUUUUGGACAUCGGGAGCAUGAACAUUAAGAAUAAUGUGAUGAUGGAGCUGAGGAAGUGGAAACUGGCCUUUGUGGAGCAACACAGACUGGAGCUUAAGAAGGAAAGGGAGAAACAUGCAGCACAAAUGGCAGCUGUAAACGCUGAGAUGGACAGACUCAAAGAUCUGAUCAACACCUAUGAGAUCUCUAACCAGAGGAAAGAUGAGGUGAUAAUGAAUCUGAGCAGAGCGGUUGACAGGCAGAGAGAGAAACUGGAGCUGAUGAGGAGUUUCACCCAGUGGAGGUUACAGUACUGUGCUGCUAGAGUGGAGGCGCAGGGUAGCAGGCUGGCUGAGCAGCACUAUCAUUUGCAGCUUAAGAGGAAGGUGUGGGCAGGCUGGCACUCACUCAUCCAGAACAGGUGGCGAGAGCGUGUGGAGAGAGCAUGUUGUGCCAGGGCAGAGGAUGUCUGCAUACAGCUCUCUGCAGACUAUGAGGCCAAGAUGGCACAGCAUGUAGAGGAGCUCCAGAAAGCUCAAUCUGAGAUCCAGAGGCUGCACGGAGAGCGAGAGCGUUAUGAGGACUCAAUGAAGAAAGCUUUCAUGCGUGGGGUCUGUGCGCUCAACAUCGAAGCCCUUAGCAUGUUUAACACUGCAGAAGCAGGUAGAUUGGACCGUGAUGCUCCACCUCAAGGGGAUGAGCCAAGAACCAGCUCAUUGGCCAAUCACCCUCCAAGGGUCUCGUCUGCACGGCUCAGUCCAAUAGUCAUGGACACUUCAAUACAGCUGUCCCCCUUACACAGCUAUACAGAGGAUGCACAGGUGCAGUUUGUCUCUCAGCCUGGCUCAAGCACAGUGCCAAGAAAAGAAUCUGUUCUUUCAACCACAGUUGUGAACACUUCCAUACCAACAGGGAGCAGUACAACCUCUAUGAGACACAUACUACCAGAUGUAAAUACACAGAUAGUAAUAGCUGGCAAGCAAAAAGCCUCUAAAACAGUUACUGCUCGUUUGACAGGAUGGGCAGAGCCUCACCGAGUAGGACGGCCCCCUUGCACCCUGCAUGUUAUGGGUGUGGCCCCUCCUAUGAGUUCCGUCAUUGUAGAAAGACACCACCCUGUCACUCAGCUCACAGUUGGCCAGGCAACAGCAGCUAAAUUCCCUCACUUUGCUCUUCAGAGUCAGAUUGUUUCAAGCAGCAAGAGCUCCUUCAGACAUCCCAGAGACCCCUCCUCAUCCACCUUUGACAUACACUCCAUCAAAGUAGUGGACUAACACAUAAUUUGUCUGUCAGGCCUUGAGUCUGGAUACCUCUUUAUACAGUUGUACACAUGGUAUAUGAUUUCUCAUGCUCUAAUGUUUGGCCUUACAAGUCUGGAUAUCUCCAAGAAUCAUUAGUUUGUCAAGUUAAAAAGGCUGUUUAUUCAGCUUUAAAUUAGGUUAAUAAAUUUUUAGUUCUACGUUUAUUUAUUUUUUUAUGAAACGUUGGAAAUGAAGGUAAGGGGUUUUGAAACCACAAUUGCCAAAUUGUGUGUAUAUAUAUAUACACACACAAUUUGUAUUGAACUGUAUUGAACAGAAAAUACAGUUCAAUACAUACACAAUUGGAAAGCUCCCCCUUUCACAGACUGGAUGUAGAGGUCUGCUUACAGGUAACCAAUCUAUUAUUUAGACAAUGUUAAAUGCUGAAUAUUCAUGUACAGGACAAGAUCCUCAACCCAUUCCCAGUGGUGGAAGAGACCCUUGCCCUCAAUGUCUGAUUCUAAAAAUUGUUAAUCUAAAAAAAGUCACAAAUAUUAUUUAAUAUGUCUGAAUCAACCUGACUAGAUUCCACCAACAAAUACAAUUUUAAGGGGUAGGUCUGGUAGAAAUAGCUCCUUAAAAUGUUUAGUGUUGUAGUAACGGUAAAAAUAAAUCAUAAUUUCUGCUCACAGUACAUACUAAGGUGAAAAUGUUUGGGUCACCGUCUGCCUCAGGUUCUCUACACAGUCUUCAUGAACUUUGUCUGCCGCAAAAUACAGAACAAUCUGUCCA